UUUAGUAGUCGCUUGUCAGUGGUGACUAUUAUCGCUGUUUAGUUUCUGCUGUAUCGAUCGUGUUGUUUGUGAAUCCAACACGUCACCCACCUCAUAGUUUUACUGCCAAUGUUCUCCCAUUCACCGGAAUGAUUAAAAGAACCUUCCGAAUCGAUUUAAGUGAAUCAUUAAAAAGAACCGACUCGUUCGAAUCGGACAUCAGCUGAAAGUAGAGCUCAGAAAACAGCAUCAGUAGUUCAGUGAGUCAGACAGCCCUUCUCUCGGGCUCAGAUCUACACCGGGAAUAUUUCACACCACACAGCUGCCUCAUACAGUAUCUUUUGGGCUUCAAUGUUGUUCAAAAAGCUUUAACGGACUAAUGCAAAAAACACCUGGGAAACAAUGGAUAAGCGAAACUGCAAACCUAUGGUACAGAUACUUGCAUUUCACAUUCAUUAACGAGUAAGUAGGAUCUUUUUUGCUUUUUGCAGCGCAUGCACAGAUCCUUUCCUGGAAUAUGCUUGCGUGAAAUCAGACUUAUAUCAGUUUCAGCUACUGUAGUUUGUAAGAAUGAGCGUGCAGUUGCUUCAGAAUCCGGUACCGGGAAGACACGGACACAAGCGCUUUGACACAGACGAGCCCGUGACCAGAUGUCCGCGGCUCAGCGAGUCCUCGGCUGAUGCGGGUCUCCUGAGCUCCUCACCGGGAUCCCCGGUAAGCGGAGCGCCUCUGAGCGUCACCUCAGCCCACCAGGGUCCCGCUCGAAUUGGCCAGUACCUGCUAGUGCCCCUGACCGACCGACCGGGGGUGCACAGCGCUUUAGACAUGGACAGAGGGGAGGAACUGCUCUGCAAGGUGUUUGAUAUGGGCCAAUACCAGGAGAAAAUAAGAGCCUACAGCAUGCUCUCAAGUCAUAAGAACAUUGCACAGAUAAAAGACAUAGUUCUUGGGGAGAGCAAAGCAUAUGUGUUCCAAGAGAAGGAUUUUGGCGACAUGCACACCUUUGUAAAGAGUAGCAAGAGGCUUCCUGAAGACCUGGCUUCCAAGCUUUUCCACCAGGUGGUAUCUGCAGUGAACCACUGCCACCAGGUUGGCAUCAUUUUGGGGGACCUGAAGCUCCGCAAGUUUGUGUUCUCAGACGAGAAAAGGGCCCAACUGAAAUUAGAGGGUCUGGAGGACUGCCAUAUUCUGCGCGGAGAGGACGACUCGAUGUUCGAGACGCAUGGCUGCCCUGCGUACGUGAGUCCUGAGAUUUUAAACGGCGGAGUGUGUUACUCAGGCAAGCAUGCGGACGCGUGGAGCCUCGGCGUCAUGCUGUACACAAUGCUGGUGGGCCGCUAUCCUUUCCACGACCCGGACCCCGCAACCCUGUUCUCCAAGAUUCGACGGGGCACAUAUUGCCUCCCCGAUGGGCUGUCUCUAAGGGCACGCUGCCUACUUCGCAGUCUGCUCAGAAAGGACCCAGGCGAAAGACUGACCACAGCGGAGGUCCUCAUUCACCCGUGGUUUAAUGGCAACACGCAGGACACAGGAAAAGCAGAACAGGAAGUCAACCUGAGAGAACAGACAGUGCCCCAGAUAGAAAUGGAGCAGGACGAGGAUUUUUUCUCCUGAGGAAACCAAUAUAGCUUGAAUAUGGACCAAAACUGUUCGUGAUCUUGGUGUUUUGUUUUUAUUAUUUGGUUUCUUAUAUGGAUUUUGUAAUAGAUUCAGAAGUAUACACUCAGUGAGUACUCACUCAAAGUACUGUAUCAUGUGUGUCAGGUUUAAAGACAGUGUGCACAACAGCCAGUGUAGUCGUUUUGAAGUCGUCUUCUAGUGAACCAUUCUUGUGCUGUAUGAAGUGAAUGAGACUGGGCAUUAUGGGUCACGUGAUAACGAGAGAAUGUGAGAAUGUCGGCAUGGUGACUAACCUCGGCCUAUGGGGCAGACCUUUGGCUUCACUCUUACUGUCAAAACGAAUUGUCACUAAUUGAAUACUGCUGUACCAAAGGUACAUGUCUCCUUUUAUAGGAGGAGAAUGAAAACUAAAGGAAUCUGACACACGCAUACAUAUGGAGGACUAGAAGU